UAUGUCUCGCUAGAUAACUUCCUUUCUGUAUUUUUUUUAACUGUUACUGCGGAACAUGAGUGGUUUGUAUGGUUAUGUGCCCGUCGCCAGUGAAGUGGAUGAUAGUAUAGAACAUCAGUAUAGAGAUUCGCAGCCUGCGAAACGAACUUUGAGAGCGAAAGUCAAAAAGACGUACUUCAAGACUAAACAGUCGAUAAUCGAGAAGAUUGGGAAGCGACAGGAUCAGUUUGUAGUGGACGGAGACGCUGAUGUCGAUUCCAGACUUGCUAAUGCCCAAUGUGUACGAUCAACUUGUCAAAAGUUGAGCUGGAUAUGUUCGUACUAUCAGAAAAGUUUGGGAGAGCUGUCAGAUCGUGAACAAGAGCUUGCUGACUACUUACGAUCACAAGCCACCAACGAUCCAACGCGAGCCGGAUCGUCAAUGACCGUAAUAGGAGACGGUCUUGAAAAAGAAGCCGACAGCAGGUUUCGCUGUGAUGCCCCCCUUGUGAGGCUUGAGGACGAGUUGAACACGUUUCACGAACGCGCCAUUGGUGACAUGACCAGAACUACUAAACAGAUGGAAAAGCUGAGAAGAGACUACCGAGCAGGCUUGUUGUGGCUUCGAAAUGCAUCGAAACAGCUUGACCCCGAAGAUCAUAAACAAUUGACGAAAUACAGAGAAGCACAGACUAUGGUGAAAGAAUCAAAGAAAGAGUUUGACCGACUGAAGCUGGACGUGUCCGAGAAGAUAGAGAUACUCGGAGCAAGCUAUUAUAGUUUGUUGUCUAACACUCUUCAACCAUACUACACUGCUGUCCACCAAGUUUCGAGUGACAACCAACGCAAUUUUAAGGAGUUACUCAAAUGGUCUCGAUCCCAUCAGCAGCAUCAAUAUCGACUGGCGAAGGACGUACUGGAGGAGCAACAGGAGAAGCUAAACGAAGCCACUCCGUGUGACCACAAAGACAUAGAACGACCACAGCGUGUCGACGAUUCGAGUCUGUUAACUGAUUUUGUAUCACGAAGCGAGCAGAGUAAUAGACCGAUUGUUGAGAGUGAAACGGAGGCAUCGAGUAAGUUAACUGUGGGUGAUGUAUUGAAGCAUGUAUCACCGGAUGUGAGUCAGACCGAAGACGAAGCGAACGAGACAGCGAUUAGCAAUGAUGGAAUCGAAUGGCAAGAAUUCCAGAGCAACGUUGGUUCACUGCCUCUCAUGGAUAUGCCGGUUGCUAUGCUAGAGAUGCGGGAGCACCGAGCAGCACACGACGAGGAGGAGGAAGACGAUGAACACACGAGUGACGAUUUUUUUGAUCCGUUGCUGGCUCAGUUGCUGGAACGAGAGCCGAGCCCUCUUCCUUUGUUAGAGCCCGAGGACGAAGACAACGAACUCGAUGACGAGUUCACAAAACUGGCAGAAAGUCUGGCUGCACUGCAGACAUCAUCGUGUGCACAGUCACUGACGGACAGCGAUUUCUUAGCAACUUUGUCUCAGAAUGAUGUCAUUUUGCCAUCCGAUUUGCUCGAUUUUGAUCCAAGCGAGUUGUCUGGCUUGGAUUUUACGCCGUGUCUUGACCCCGAAGCGAAGGAAGAUGGAACAGAUGAGAUUCCCGUUUCUGAGUCGGAGUGCACAGAAGCAGGAAAGUUGCAGGCACAGCGAGCGGCCAGAGCAAAAUCGAAGGCCUCGCUUUCGUCGUGGUUAAACGUUUUCUCUCAUCUCGAUCCGUUGGACAACCCGGACCUCUUGGAGGGCAACACGGGUGCCACCAAUACGAAAGACGACAACAAAGAGUGUUAACAAAAUUUAUUGAUAUCAAUUAUAUAAAAAGUAGAAAUAACGAUAUUGAGUUUAUGCAGCUCAUCAACAUGGACAUGAUCAUGGGCUUUGGUUUAUAUCAACUAGUUUAGUCGAUCAAUUUAUGAAACUAUUUGUUGAUCAGUUUAUGACGUCAUCAUUCGA